CUCGAAAUCGAAAUUGAAAUUUUAGAGGCAAGAACACGAACAAGCAGCUGGGGAUCGAAACCUUUUUCCCUUUUAAAUUGAAAUUAGGGAUCGCGAUUGUUUCCGUCGUCGCCGUCCAUGGCGGAUGGGUACUGGAACCAGCAGAGACAGCAUCAGCCUCCGAUGUCGUCGAUCUCCCACGGUGGCCCUCCAAAACGCCCCCGUUCUGACUUCGGACAUGAUAUGCACAGUUACGUGUCACGUGAUGAGGAUCGAGGAGGUGCAGUAAAAGAUACCAGAACUAUUGGCUCAGCUUAUGACCUCUACCUCCAGAGUGUGCAAACGUCAUCUAUGCCAUCUGAAGAAGUUGGUCGGUUUAACAAUGGUGUCGGCAUGGGAAGACGAGGAGGUGGAAUGCUGCCUCCAGAUUUUGGGCCAAACGGUCGAGGAUUGGGCUUUGGUCAACAAGAUUUAGUUGGUAGGCCUAGCCGGGAGCUGCUUCGUCUGCCUCCGGAUGCAUCCAACACUCUGUUUGUUGAAGGACUUCCUUCUAAUUGCUCAAGGAGAGAAGUAUCUCAUAUAUUUAGGCCUUUUUUGGGAUAUAAAGAGGUGAGACUUGUGACCAAAGAUUCUAAACAAAGGAAUGGAGAUCCUAUUGUUCUUUGUUUUGUUGAUUUUGAAAAUCCUGCAUGUGCAGCAACUGCUCGUACCGCCCUGCAAGGCUAUAGAAUGGAUGAAAAUGAACCUGAUUCCAAGAGUUUGCAAAUCCAAUUUUCAAGAAACCCAGGUCCAAGACCAGGACAACGCGGAGGAAGGAGAUGACGAGUCAGUGUCCUGUGGAGCAAAAUCUCCUUGUCCAUACAUCUCUCACUCAAAGCAAUAGAGAUGUAUGGUUAGACACAAGAGUCUAGGAGAUGAGUUGACUGUAAUCUAAAGUCUCUCACACUCUCCUUUUUUCCACCUUCUUGAUAGAUUUAGUGCAUCACCUUACUACUGCUAUUUAUCAAGCCUAAAAAACUUGUUACAACCCUUUCCUUUGUAUGUGUGGGAAUGAUACGGUUUUAUGAUUUUGAUAGUAUCCUUAGGGAUUGCACUUGUUCAUUAUAUGAUUGGGACAGAAUCCAAAACAGGGGCGCAUGUUGCCAUCUUCUUUUUAA